AGAUCGGCGAGAGUGUGCGCGGCGAGGAUGUCUACAUUGUCCAGAGUGGCUGCGGCGAGAUCAACGACCACUUGAUGGAGCUGCUCAUCAUGAUCAAUGCCUGCAAGAUCACCUCAGCCAGCCGAGUGACAGCUGUCAUUCCCUGCUUCCCCUACGCCCGGCAGGACAAGAAGGACAAGAGCCGGGCGCCCAUCUCUGCCAAGCUCGUUGCCAACAUGCUCUCGGUGGCCGGCGCCGACCACAUCAUCACCAUGGACCUCCACGCCUCUCAGAUCCAGAUGGGGGGCCUCCGGGGCUCGACUAGUCCAGCACGCAGGACCAUGUGUGAACUUUCUGAAUAUUAUGACGAUUCAACACUCAUGUCAAUAAUGUGUUUCCAGGCCUUUGACCAUUUUGGUUGCCCUCCUCUGGACACGUUCCAGCUUGUCAGUAUCCUUCUUGAACUGUGGUGCCCAGAACUGGACACAGUACUCCAGGUGAGGUCUGACCAGAGCAGAAUACAGUGGAAUAAUAAUAAUAAUACUUAUUAUUUAUUACUUAUACCCUGCUGUUCCUCUGCUCGUCAAUUUUCGGAGGAUGCCAGCAAGGCUGAACCCUUCCGUAAAAAGGGAUUUAUAAUAAUAAAAAAGGGUUUUAAAUCGAGAAAUCUCAACCUAGAACAUCCUUCUCCCAGGGUGACCUCCAUCGCCGACCACCUGAACGUCGACUUUGCCCUCAUCCACAAGGAGCGCAAGAAGGCCAGCGAGGUCGACCGCAUGGUCCUGGUGGGCGACGUCAAGGACCGGGCAGCCAUCUUGGUGGAUGACAUGGCCGACACCUGCGGGACAAUCUGCCAUGCCGCCGAAAAGCUCCUCUCGGCGGGCGUUACCAGGGUCUACGCCAUCCUGACACACGGCAUCUUCUCCGGCCCGGCCAUCUCCCGGAUCAACGGCGCCGGGUUUGAAGCUGUCGUCGUCACCAACACCAUCCUGCAGGAGGAGAAGAUGAAACAGUGCCCCAAAAUCCAGGUGGGGGUGUGUGUUUAUUUUUGUUAUUACCUCUCUGGCACGUUUCUGAUCGUUCUCACACCUUCCAUCAAUAUCCUCAGUUGUUGUUGUUGUUAUUUUCAUCUCUCCGGCCCAUCCCAGAUCAUUUGUCCCCUUCCUCGCUCCACCUCGCCGCAUCGCGUGACUUUUCAUUUCUAUUCUUUGCCUAUCGUCUUGUUGUCUUGUUGUGAUGGCUGAGGGCUGGCACAAAUCAAGAUUCCUUCAUUCAUUCAAAGCUUGACUGGCAGCUGAAGAUUCAUUCAUUCAUCUCAAAUCAGAACCAGUGAAGGCGGUGAAGGUCCUGUGUGAGUGCUUGGAGGCGGUUGGAGGAUGGAUGGCGGCUAACAGAUUGAGAUUGAAUCCUGACAAGACAGAAGUACUGUUUGUGGGGGACAGG